GUAACUAAAUAACUAUGAAUUUCGAUAAAAAAAAACACUUUACACACUUUAAGUGACAAAAAUCAGAAAACAAUUGACUGUAAGACUUUUUGUUUUCGUUUUUGUCCAGAAUAUUUAUGCGUAAUAUUUUCCUUUUACUUAUUACUUAUGUAAGAGCUAUAGAACUUGAUACACACAGUUAUUUUUUCGUCCUUUAAUUGGGAAAAUUUGCUACAACAGGUAUUUUUUGGAGAAUGGUUAACCGGUCGUGACUAAAUCUAUUUUGGUGGGAUUUAAUGAAAGUGAUUGUUUUUUUUUUUUUUUUGAAGUGUCCAAUUGUUCAGAACUUUAUUUCGGGAAUAUGUAAUUGUUUUCAUAAAAUACUUAUGUGUGUAUUUUAUCCUGCCAAAUGAACACAACAUCACCAAAAUCAUCGCUGGCUAAACUUGGUAUACACACCAAACCUAAAUCCCUAAAAGUAAUGGUUCUUGGGCAAAGUGGUGUGGGUAAAACGGCAAUGGUUGUACGUUUCAUAACACGUCGCUAUAUCGGAGAAUAUGAUCCCAACUUAGAGAAAAUUUAUACAUUUAAUACUUCCUUAGAUAAUGAUUAUGUACAUUUUGAUAUUCUAGAUGCAACGGGACAACCAAAUGAAGCCGAUUGUGUUAAUUUGGAAUCCAAUAUACGUUGGGCGGAUGCCUUUAUACUCAUGUAUUCCGUAACGGACAAAUGUAGUUUUGACGAGUGUAAUCGUUUGAAAUUUUUGAUCAAUUACAAUAAACGUAGACGAAAAUUGGGUUCCAAUAGCAAAGACUGUAUGGCAGAGGUGCCAGUUAUAUUAGUUGGUAAUAAAACUGAUCAAAUAGGCGAUAGAAUGGUAACGCUCGAGGAGGGUCAACGAAGGUUUAAAGAACUGAGCUGUGCUUGUUUUCAUGAAAUUUCUGUACGAGAAAGUGUGGAACAAGUACAAUCCGUAUUUCGUGAUGUUUUUCGCUUUUGGCGUGUAUUUAGUAAGUUCCCCAAAUUAAAACGUUCUACCAGUGAUGUACAAAACGAAUCCCUAAGUCCCGACUCAGGAUGUUCCUUUUACGAUACAGCCUAUUUGGCUAAUGAAACUAGAAGAUCAUUUUUAGUCAUUGGUACUGCGUGUUUAGAAGAGAACGAUCAUUCCGAAUCCACCGAUGAGAUUAGUUGCAGUAGUUUAAGAAGUUCUAGCAGUGAACUAGAAACACCAUUUCGUAGUCGUGCCUCUACCGAUGGCACGCUAUUGUCACGACCUCGAAGAUGGCGUUAUCCCCCACCGGAUUGCCGAUUACCUCAUACGAAUCGUGUAGAGAGACGCAUGAGUAUUUCUACACGUGGUAGUAAUGCUAGUUAUUAAUAUUAGUUUAAAUUAAAAAUAUUUAAUAUAAAAUGCUUUUUUAUUAAUGUUAUUUAGUAAAAUUUAUAUUUUAUAUACUGGCUAAAUAAAUAUUUUUUGUGCA